AAAUAAAGUUUGUUCAAAUGAAAACGUGAUUAGAUAAUGUGCUGGGACCGGAUGCGUGAGGAGAGCAGAUCAGAUCAGACCACUAUUCACGGGUUAAGCUGUCAGGCUACAGAAAGCCGUCAAUACAGGUUAAGACGGGGAAGGAAGGAUCUCACUGUCACUUGACAUGUAAUUAGUGAUGGGGUCAGGGGUUUCAUCUGCCAAACCCCCCUCCACACCUGCAACCCAGUGUGCCAAAUGUGCGACGGUCCCAAUGUCUGGAAAUGAAGAGCGCACGUUCAUUGCCAUCAAGCCUGAUGGAGUGCAGAGGGGACUUAUCGGAGAGAUCAUCAAGCGUUUCGAACAGAAGGGCUUCAAGUUAGUUGCUAUGAAGUUAAUCCAGGCCGAUGAGGAUCUUCUGAGACAGCACUACUGUGAUCUGAAGGAUCGGCCUUUCUUCCCAGGACUUGUCAGUUUCAUGUCCUCUGGCCCUUUGGUUGCCAUGGUGUGGGAGGGUUUUAACGUUAUAAAAACCGGCAGAGUAAUGCUCGGUGAGACUAAUCCCGUCGACUCCAAGCCUGGGACUAUCCGAGGUGACUUUUGUGUUCAGGUUGUCCGGAACAUCAUUCACGGCAGUGAUUCUGUCGAAAGUGCCAACGCCGAGAUCAACCUGUGGUUCAACCCAGAGGAGAUCUGUGACUACACCAAAUGUCAGGACAGCUGGCUCAAUGGCUGAACGCUUUCUUCUUUUUCUGCACUUCUCUCCCUCCCGGGUGCUUCUGAUUUAAAUCCGCUCAUUUUCAUUUUUAUUCCCACUGUUUCUGCUGUUUGUUUAUUCCCACUGUUUCUGCUGUUUGUCUUUACAAUUAGACCAAAAAUCGUUUCUAUCCCAUGAGUUCAAACGACAGCCACAGUGAUCUGAUACUAUAUAAUAAAACAAAUGUUAAAGCCACUUUGA